AUGAGGCUCUCGUUGCAGCUGUGCUUGCUGGCGCUCCUCGCUCUAGCCACCUGCAUUCCGAACGGCUACCCUCUUAAUGUUACGCUCACUUGGACUGGAAACACGGCCAUGCAGAUGGUCAUCCAGAAUGUCGGCGAAUCCGAUCUCACCCUCGUUACCGCCGGUAGCUUCUUCGACAACCGUCCGAUUAAAAAAGUCACCAUGUACUCCGGUAAAGGCACUGCUCUAGCCUUCCAUGGCAUGAAGGUGGACCCCAAGCCAAUCACCGCCCUCGUUGCGGCCGACUUCACCGCCGUUCGCGCUGGACAGGCUUUGUCCGUCACCUUUGACGCUGCGACCAUGUACGAUCUCUCCUCAGCCGACACCUUCACUGCCGAGGCCGUUGGAGCCGUCUGGGACGCCCGUUCCGCCGACUUCAUACCUUACAACAGCAACUCGGUCGAGAUAACCGUCCACCAGCCCAAGGCCACCACUACCAAGAUGGCAGUUUUCAAUCGCGAAGCAUCUCCGUCGCUGACCCCGUAUCCUGCUAAUGCCAACAUGACGAUGCCUGCCGCGAUCCUGAACUCGCUUCCUUCCUCGUGGCCUCAAAACAAGAUUCGGGACUGCGGAGACGAUGAGCAACGAACGAUCAGGAAGGCUCUGAGCGGGUGCAAGCUGUACGCAGAUGCUGGAGCCAAUAGAAGCUUUGACGAGAUGCAACAAUCAGGCCAAUCUUACGAGAAACUAAAGCUCUACUUCAACACGGAGAUAGAGGCGGACGAUGCAGCCGUCUUCAACCGCUUCUCCGCGAUAUCCAAGGAGUGUGCAGCGAUUUUCCGCCCUGAGGUCUUCAUCAGCUGCAGUGAUUUGGACAACACUUGUCAGCAGCAUAAUGAUACUUUGGCCUACCACAUCACAUCAAGCGACGACGAGCCGGUGAUCUGCUUGUGUCCUCCCGCUUUCGAUCUUGCAGUAGCCAGUGAGACAUACAACGACAUGGACUUUGCUGGCCUCCUCCUCUCCCAGCACACUUUCUUUGACCUUGCCAGGGCGCCUUGGCACGCCGAGGACGACGAGCAAGACGUCAGUAAAGCGGCCAGACUCUCCUCUUCUAAGGCAUUGGCGAAUUCUGGCAGCUACAGAAUGUACGCGCAAAGCUCAUACUUGGACUAUAUGGCCAGUCUGGACAGCGGCAGCACCCACGGCAACCGCACCUACACCAUGCUCACCCCGGCCGACUUGAACAGUUCGGACAAUUGGAACGGUACGGACUGCGCGGAUGCCUCGGAGGACGAGAUGGACAACUGCUGGGACCCCCCGGAUUCCUGGGACGACCCGGCGUGCAAACCCGCCGACCCGAACGACCCGGAUAACCUGGACGACGACUGCUGGUACCCGAGCAUGGACAGCAGCACGGUGGCCAACGCGGCCAGCACCACGAUGAGCAGCACGGUCAGUGCCGACCCCAGCGGCAUUACCAUGAGCUUCUUUGGCCCGCCGUCCAACAUCGGCAAAUCCAGCGACUUUCCUCACACCACCGUCGACCCCCCGGCCACCACUACUGACAAUUGGUAUUGCUGGGGAGAGGAUGAUAACAAAUGCCCGUCCGGUUAG